CCCAUCCCCCGCCCCCCAAUCCUCUGCUUGCACGCUUGUUGUGUCCGCGCUCGCGCUGCUUUUUAAUGGCUUGCUAGGGGUUGAAAAUCUCUCCCAGUCCCCAAAAUCCUGCUAAUUAUCACUAAAUCAUUCUUCCAGGCACACAUUAAUGGCAGUGUGUUGCCGGAAAUGAGCGUUUUGUAGCGUUGUGUCAUGUAUAUCCUGUGAGCGCGAGCGUGAGCGCUGAUGCUAGCCGCUGGGAUAUUAUUGUUGUUGAUGUUGUUGUUGAUGUUGUUAGCUAGCAGCCAGGUUGCUCACUCGGCUAGCUAAUUAUGGAUUCCCGCCUGGCUAGCUAGGGUUUAUAUACGCGCACUUUUUUAAAUUUUUAUUAUUAUUUUUUUGUCUUUUGCAUUGGGCAGGUUUGUAAUUUUAGGGAGUUAAGUCGAGGAAGGCUUUUUAUUUGUUAACUCAGGAUGAGUAGGAAACAUCAGCAUUACAAAGGAGCUGAAGUGAGCUGCUGCGUCAAAUAUUUCCUCUUCGGCUUCAACAUUAUAUUUUGGUUGCUGGGAGCAGCGUUCCUGGCUAUCGGACUGUGGGCAUGGGCUGAAAAGGGCGUGUUGUCGAACCUGUCGUCCAUCACGGAUCUGGGCGGCUUUGACCCCGUGUGGCUCUUCAUCGUCGUCGGAGGGGUGAUGUUCGUCCUCGGCUUCGCCGGCUGCAUCGGAGCGCUGAGAGAAAACACCUUCCUGCUCAAAUUCUUCUCGGUGUUCUUAGGGCUGAUCUUCUUCCUGGAGCUCACUGCUGGAAUCCUGGCCUUCGUCUUCAAAGACUGGAUCAAAGACCAGCUGAACUUCUUCAUCAACAACAACAUCAAAGCGUACCGCGACGACAUCGACCUGCAGAACCUCAUCGAUUUCGCCCAGGAAUAUUGGUUAUGCUGCGGUGCCCAUGGGCCGGACAACUGGAACCAGAACAUCUACUUCAACUGCACGGAGCUGAACCCGAGCCGAGAACGCUGCGGCGUUCCCUUCUCCUGCUGCAUCAAAGACCCGGCUGAAGAUGUUCUGAACACCCAGUGUGGAUAUGACGUGCGGCUUGAAGCAGAGCUAGAUCGACAGAAGUACAUCUACACCAAGGGGUGCGUGGGGCAGUUUGAAAAGUGGCUGCAGGACAACUUGAUCAUCGUCGCCGGCAUCUUCGUCGGUAUCGCACUUCUACAAAUCUUCGGCAUCUGCCUCGCCCAGAAUCUGGUGAGUGACAUCAAAGCGGUCAAAGCCAACUGGUGACGCCGGGCCGUGGACGGAGAGGUGAAGCCGAGUGACCUCUGCGUGUUUUAAAAAAAAAAAAAAAAUGUAAAAAAUUUUUUAAUUAUAUUUUAAAACCCCACAGAGCGGAGAUUCAUGUUCUCACGUUCUCAUGGAGCUUUACACGCACACUGACGUUCCAAAUGAACCGACUCUCCGAGUUGUUAUAUUUCUUUUCUUUUUUUUCUCUUCUUAUUCUUCCUCUUCCCUGUUCUUAAUGCGGAGGAGGGCGGAGCCUUUCUAUGCAUGUGGGUUCCUGUGGAAAACUUUCUGGCUCCUAUGCACUUGCGGACUAUUAAAACAACGUCGACGCUCAGACGGAGAGAAACGGAUGUGUACGGAGCCUUACCGCGACGCACACCGUGUGGACGAGGGAGUACACGUCGCAGAGCCGUCCAGCCAGGCGACAUGCGACGCGGCUUCCUUUCUUUCAACCGCUACAGUCAGAGAGUCACGGAGGACCUUUUAUAAAGCCGCGUGAGAUUCUACGUUAACAUCCGGCUUCCGUGUCUCUUUAAAAAAAAAAAAAAAAGAUAUAUAUUUUUUUUGUAUGUAAUUUUUUUUUGUUCAGCUAGAAUAUAAUAGUGAUAUGCUAACAUUAAACAGAUCCUGUUACAGUAUGAA